CUUGACGCUUUCCUCAGACUUGCAAUUCGCAACCAGCUACCAUCACCCCGCCACCAUUCCCGGUAUCUCGAAAACAAGCUUUACACACAACGGCCUCUCCAACAACGAAGUCCGACAAUCCCGAUUCGGCCCAGUAUGUCCUUCCCGACAAGGUCCCUUUCUACUCGGCUCCCGGGCGCGGGGUCACAGAACGCCUCAGCAGGCCCGUCACCCAUGCUGGUAGCGCGUAUUGCCGAGAAGAAGGCCGAAUUGGAACAUCUGAAGGAGCUGCGCGACCUCAGUGCCGCCGUUGCAGGUCAAAUGGAAGCACUGGAGCAGAAACUGGCGACCCUUUCAGAUGGCACGGAAGCUAUUGCCAUGGUCAUUGGCAACUGGCAUAACGUGCUGCGUGCCAUUAACAUGGCUUCCGCCCAACUCGCCAAGCCGCAGGGACAGGAACCGUUGGAGUCGGAAGACGCCAGCCUCCCCCUCCCUCAGACGCUGGUUCGCAUUCCAACGGAGCACGCCCCGACGCUUCAGGCUCAGGCCGAAAAUGUGACAGAGUCCGCAGAGAACAGCACAAUCACCCCCUGAUUGGAUGGAUCACUUAAGAAUAGUCUGCGACCAAAAAGCAGCAUGUCUUGUAAGACGGCGCUGACACGGUUGCGUUCACCGGCACCAUCUAACAACGCUCGUCAGCAGUCGUUUGGGAUUGCGGAUGCGAAGAGUAGCACUCGGGCGUGGCAGGCAGUCUGGAAGCUGGCACGACGUUGGAACCCGUUAUCGGAAGUUGCCAGUGCUACGCCGUCCAAGGCAAUGAAUGUACCAGCGUCCUGCUUCCACCCUCUUCCGGGGCGGCCUGGACGAUUGGGCAGGAGUGCUCCACCCAAGUCAACAAACGGGUGCGGGGUCCAAACGGAAAGACGCGACCGAGUCAGACGCGUUACUUAGUCAUCGCGUCGUUGCUGCAUCGAAACGGGUAGUGCCUCAUGCCAUAGCCACCCGAGGCGGCAUUCGACCCGAUCGAGCCUGCCAUGGCAUGGCGGCCGUGCCUGCAGGCCGGCGUCGAUUUGUGGCUCUGUUGGCGGGAACUGACAUGUAGUUCCCACGAGGGGAAAGACCAGAUAGAAGCCAAUUGCCGCCGUCAUGGUGGUAUGAUAAGCUAGAAAGGCAUUCCGCCACGACGCGCCGUUUGUCUUGCUUCCACCAUACGCAUUGAGCAUAUUUGCCCAUCAUCGUCGAAGAGCUCAGUUUUGGACUACCAUCAGCACUCCUCAAUACUGUCUUGAUCCAAAUCAUACGGUCUCAAUACUGCAUAGUGUUCCAGCCAAUAAUCCCGCCAUAUCUACACGCACCCCGGCUGCUCCCAAGCGAAAUUGUCCUCAAAUUCGAGACAGCCCACCGAGGCCCCCCAAUACGGCCCCCCUGUCGUCCAAUUUGUCUGGGUUUGGCAGUUCCCUGUCUUGAAUUUA